UCGACGGAAAUACCUUCCGUGAGCGAACAUUCAGUGGCUUCGGGCGGCGUUUCUGGUGGUGAGAACUGGGUGCCGGUGGUCCCGCUGGCGGCGCUGCCAAAUGGAGAGCGGCGUGUGAUCAUACAAGACGGGGAUAACAUCCUAUUGCUUUGGUACAAGGAUGAGGUUUUUGCAAUUGAGAAUCGUUCGCCCGCUGAAGGCGCUUACACGGAGGGCUUGCUCAACGCCAAGCUUACCCAGGAUGGUUGUAUAGUUUGUCCAACAACAGAUAGCACAUUUGAUCUUCGAAACGGAGCCACCAAGGAAUGGUAUCCAAAAAACCCAGUGCUUCGAGCCCUUACACCUACUUUAAGGACACUCUACGUUUACCCUGUAAAAACAGACGGUGAAAAUAUUUAUAUCAGCAUGCAAGGCGGUGUAAAAUCCGAUGCAGCCGCAGAGAUCGUCUUCAGUGGAAAGGCGCAACCGGGGGUAACUGCUUCUGAUGUCAAUCUGGACAAGAUGAGAAUGCUGAUUGAUGAGGACUCGGAGGGGUUUGGUUUCAUCGGAAAGAACGAAAUUAUAAACGGGAAGGCGGCUAUAAUCGGUUUCCUGCUCUUGCUGGAUUUCGAGCUCUUGACUGGUAAAGGUCUCUUGGACUUCUUGUAUGCUGCUACAAAUGCCUUCAAUUAG